CUCAACGAGUCUCAGGGGCCGCAAAUCCUGCACCUUCGCCAUUUGCCGCCAAUUUCCACGCUCCGAGUCUCGCAAUCAAGCCACCAUGGAGAAGGUCACUGAGGCUCUGCAGAAAGCCGCCAUUGGCGGCGGCGAGAAGAAGCCCAAGAAAGAGAAGAAGACCGCGCCAGCUGCCGACACCGACGCGGGUCCCCUCGAGAUGGACCCGCCCCCGGCCUUCAUCCAGGAGCGUCUCGAGCUCUUCGACCGUCUAUACAGAGAGCAGCAGGAGGAGCUCGCGAAGAAGCCGCGCGAGGAGAUUACCAUCACAAUGCCCGACGGCACCAUCAAGCCCGGCAAAGCCUACGAGACUACCCCCGCCGAGAUCGCAAAGGGCAUCUCCAACAGCCUGUACAAGCGCACUGUUGUCGCAAGAAUCGAUGGGGAGCACCUGUGGGAUCUCGACCGCCCCCUUGAGAAGAGCUGCAAGCUGGAGCUGCUCGACUUCAACGACGACCAGGGCAAAUUCGUCUUUUGGCACUCGAGCGCUCACAUUCUCGGCGAAGCCUGCGAACGGAGAUUUGGCUGUUCGCUGUGCAUUGGUCCUCCGGUGGACAACGGGUUCUACUACGAGAUGGCUCUGCCGGGGGGUGCGGCUGUGCAUGCCCACGACUGGGCCCCUCUCGAGACCAUUGUGUCCAAGAUCGUGAAGGAAAAACAGCCUUUCCAGCGAUUGGAAAUGAGCAAAGAAGACUUGCUCAAGAUGUUUGCGUAUAACCCCUACAAGGUUCACAUCAUCAAGGACAAAAUCCCGGACGGUACGAGAACCACCGUAUACAGGAACGGCCCGCUGAUCGAUCUCUGCCGUGGACCCCAUGUGCCCGAUACCAGCAGGAUCGAGGCCUUCGCCAUCAUGAAGAACUCGGCCUCAUAUUUUCUUGGCGAUGCCAACAACGACUCGCUCCAGCGCAUUUACGGCGUGUCCUUCCCCGACAAGAAGCAGAUGGCCGCUCACAAGAAGUUCCUCGAGGAGGCUGCCAAGCGUGAUCACCGCUUGAUCGGAAAGCAGCAGGAGCUUUUCUACUUUGAGGAGUGCUCGCCAGGCUCUGCCAUGUGGUUGCCCCAUGGUAUGCGAAUCCACAACGCCAUCAUGGAGUAUAUCCGUGAGGAGUACUGGAAUCGUGGUUACGACGAGGUUAUGACUCCCAACAUGUUCAACGUCAGCCUAUGGGAGCAGUCCGGCCACUUGGCCCACUACAAGGAAGACAUGUUUCUGCUUGAUGUGGACAAGGAGCAGUUUGGCCUCAAGCCCAUGAACUGCCCAGCCCAUGCAAUGAUGUUUCGCCACAGGGAGCGGAGUCACAAGGAGUUGCCCCUGCGUCUUGCCGAUUUUGGUGUGCUGCACCGGAACGAGGCCAGCGGCGCACUGAGUGGCUUGACCAGAGUCAGAAGGUUCCAGCAAGACGAUGCCCAUAUUUUCUGCCGCGAGGACCAAAUCAAGGAGGAAGUCGCAGAUCUGUUCGACUUUAUGAGUUCCUUCUACGGCAUGCUGGGUCUUACCUUCAAGCUCAAAUUGUCCACCCGCCCGGAUAAGUACAUGGGCGAGAUCGAGAUAUGGAAUCGUGCCGAGGCUCGCCUUAAGGAAGCCCUUGACGAGUUUGCCGCUGCCAAUGCCGGCGCCUCCUGGGAGCUCAACCCCGGCGAUGGUGCCUUCUACGGGCCGAAGAUCGAUAUUGCUGUUCUGGACUGCCUUAACAGAUCCUGGCAAUGCGCCACCAUUCAGCUCGACUUCCAACAACCCAUCAACUUUUCUCUCGAGUACCAGACUGCCGAGGGCGCACACAAGGACAAGACCGACGCCGCAGAGCCCGCCCCCGCUCCGGCUCCGGCGCCUGACGCUGCGGUGGACGAGAAGAAGGAGGUCAAGGAGAAGAAGAAGCCUCUGCUGAUUAAGAAGCCGCUGUCCCCUGGCUGCGCACGACCCGUCAUGAUCCACCGUGCCAUGGCUGGCAGUAUCGAGCGCUUCACUGCCAUUCUGGCUGAGCACUUCGCGGGCAAGUGGCCCUUCUGGAUGUCGCCGCGGCAGAUCAUGGUCAUUCCGGUCGGCAUGGGCUUUUUGGGCUAUGCCAAGGAGGUGGCUGCACUUCUGAAGAAGGAGCGCUUCCAUGUUGAUGUGGACAGCUCCGGCAACACGCUCCAAAAGAAGAUCCGCAACGCUCAGCUGGCUCAAUACAACUUCGUCUUCGUGGUCGGCGACGAUGAGAUGCGCAACCACAAGGUCAACAUCCGCUAUCGCGACGACACCUCAACUCAGGCGAGAGAUGUCCCCUAUGACUUGGAUGAGGCGGUCGAGAAGCUGCGGAAGCUCAAGGCUGACAGGGGGAUGUAUAACCCCUUCCCUCACAAGAAGGAGGAGAAGGCGUAGAUGUAGAUAUAUGCGGCGCAAAAUAGUGUAGAGCUUUUCAUGGAUGAAGCAUGGAGCAUGGGGAUUUCCUGCGAGGAACCUAACGACCAGGGACGAUCUAGCUGCCACUGAGCUCAACAUGAUGUUAAAGGAACUUGAAUCAGACGGAUGUAAUGCGAGACGAGACUGUGGCUGCGAUAUGCAAAGUAGAGUACACCAAACCAAUGCUAAUGUAAA